UGGACCAGCACCACAUGUCUAACAGACAAGCACAGCUGCACAGACAAGUUUGUUUUUUUAUCAAUAAACAUUGUUUUAUUGAUAAUUUUCAAGUAAUUGUUUACAUAUCACAACAACAACAUAAAAAAUAAAACAAUCAUCUUAUUUUUUAAUAAUAAAAAAAGAUAAAAAUUGUAUACGUUUUGAUAAAAAAUUGUUAAAAUAAAAUAAAUUAAAAAAUGGUUAAAGAUAUGCAAAAAGAUUCGAGAUUUUCGAAUCUUUCAAGAGAUCCAAAAUAUAAACCAAUUCCAAAAGAAGAAAAAAAAGUUAAAAUUGAUGAGAGAUUUAAAUCAGUACGUACUGAUAAAAAAUUUCAAAUUAAUUCAACUGUUGAUAAACGAGGAGCAGUUAUCAAUCCAAUUUCAUCACAGGGAAUGGAAAAAUUUUAUCAUUACUCUGAUGAAUCUGAUGAUGAUGAAGAUGAUAAAAAUAAUAAAGAUGAUGAUGAUGAAGAUGAAGACGAGUCUGAUGAAUCAAAUGUUAUUGAUAAAAAAGAUUUAAUUGAAAAUAAAAAACAGUUAAAACUUAAAAAUAAAAAAGUUGAUGGUAAACUUGAUAAUGAUACUAAAAAAAAACUUCAAGAUCUUACUUUUGAUUAUGCUCGAGGUGAAAAACAAUUAUUUAGUGAUGAUUCAUCUGAUGAUUCAUCAGAUGACGAUGAUGACAAGGUAUUACAUGAUGAUGUUGAUAAUGAUGAAGAUGAAGAUGAAGAGAUUGAACAUCAAUGGGGUGAAUUGGAUAAAGAAGCUGGAACAACUGAAACAAUAACAUCAAGAUUAGCUGCUUGUAAUAUGGAUUGGGACAGAAUUAGAGCAAUUGAUUUAAUGGUAUUAUUUAAUUCAUUUCUUCAAGCUGGUGGAUUUGUACAUUCAGUUAAUAUAUAUCCAUCUGAAUAUGGAUUAAAACGUCUUCAAGAAGAAGAAAUAAAAGGACCAAUUGAACUUGUUGAUUCUAAAAAAGAAAAUGAAAAAAAUAAAAAAAAUAAUAAUGAUUCUGAUGAUUCUGAUAAUGAUGAUGAUGAUGAUAAUAAUGAUAAUAAUGAAAGUGAUGGUAAUGACAGUCAAAAUGAAGAAGGAUCAGCUUAUACUAUGGAAAAAAUGCGUCAAUAUCAAUUGAAUAGAUUAAAAUAUUACUAUGCUGUUAUUAAAUUUGAUUCACCAGAAACAGCUAAUAAAAUAUAUACUGAAUGUGAUGGUAUUGAAUAUGAAUCAACAUCAACUAAACUUGAUUUACGUUUUAUACCAGAUGAUAUGGAAUUUGAUCAAGAACCCAAAGAAACUUGUAAUAAAUUACCAGAUCCAACAAAAUACAUGCCAAGAUUAUUUACAACAACAGCUUUGCAGCAAGUUAAAGUUGAUUUAACAUGGGACGAGACUAAACCAGAGAGACAAGAAAUAACAAAUAAAAUUAAUUCUGGUAAAAUUAAUGAAAUUGAUGAAAAUGAUAUUAAUGCUUAUCUAGGAUCUGGAUCAAGUGAUGAUGAUGAUGAUAAUGAUGAUGAUAAAGAAAAAAAAAUUGAAAAUGAAAAUGAAGAAAUAAAAAAUAAAUUUAUUUCUAAUGAUAAAAAAACUUCGUUAAAUAAGUAUAGAUCACUUUUACAAUCAAUUAAAGACAAAGAUGAGGAAAAAAAGAAAAAAGAUGUUGGAAUUGAAUUUACUUGGAGUCUUGGUGUUAAAGAAAAAGCUGAUAAAGCAUUGAAGGAUCAAUUGAAACAAAAAGAAAUUUCUAAACUUUCAAUUUUUGAACAAAAAACUGAAAAAAUUAAAGAAAAGAAAAAAUUAAAAAGACAAGAAAAAAGACAAUUGAAAGAACAAAAAAAUAAUGAAGAUGAUGAUGAUGAAAGUGAUGAUUCAAUACCUUCAGAUGUUGAUAUGAAUGAUCCAUUUUUCGCUGACGAAAUAAAAAAUUUAAAACCAAAAAAAAAUAAUAACAAAGUUGAUAAAAAUAAAAAAAAUAAAAAAGUUGAAUCUAAUGAUGAUGAUGAUGAUGAUAAAAAAGCAAAAAAACAAGCUGAGCUUGAACUUUUGUUACUUAAUAACGAUGAUCAGCUUGAAAAACAUCAUUUUAAUAUGAAAGACAUUGAAGAGAAUGAUUCAAUGGCUAAAUCAAAGAAAAAACGUUUGAUUAAAAAGAAAAAAGUUAAAAAAGCAGAACUUGAUAAUGAGGAUACAUUUAAGGUUGACGUUGAAGAUUCAAGAUUCGCAGCACUUUACAAUUCGCAUCAUUUUAAUAUUGAUCCUGCUGAUCCACAUUAUCGAAAGACGAAGGGGACCGAAGAAAUUAUUCAAGAAAAACUGAAACGACGAGCAGAAGAUGAUGUAUCAUCGGAACUGCCAGCUAUUAAAAUAUCAAAACCAUCAAAAGAAGAUAAAUUGAGUAAAGAUCUUGAAGCCUUGAUUAAAUCUGUUAAGAAAAAUACUAAAAAUAUUACAAAAAAAAUCAAGUAAUAAUAAUAACAAUUUGUUAAAUAAGUUUUUAAUUAAAUUGAAUAAAGUUUUUAAUUUUUAAUCAU